AUGAGACUACUGAACAUCAAGGAUUUGCGCCUCGAAUUCUUUAUUGGCAACGACAUUCCACCGUAUGCUAUUCUCUCCCAUACUUGGGGCCAAGAAGAAAUCUCAUACGCUGAAUUCUGCGCAACGAAGGACGAUGUGCGGGCGGGAUGGCGCAAGAUAGCAGGAUGUUGUAAAGCAGCAAAGGCUCGAGGAUUUGAGUACGUCUGGAUUGAUACCUGCUGCAUCGACAAAUCCAGUAGCGCAGAGCUGAGCGAAGCAAUUAACUCCAUGUUCCAAUGGUACGCUGCUGCUGGUGUUUGCAUUGCCCUGUUGUCAGACAUCCGAGACGGCACUGAACCUUUGUUCCACCAGAGUCGUUGGUUCACAAGAGGCUGGACACUCCAAGAGCUUAUCUCACCUGUAUCAGUUGUAUUCUAUGAUGAAUUUUGGGUAGAAAUAGGAUCAAGGGAUACCUUGCGCGCCGAAAUUGAGAAAGUAACACGCAUUCCCGCGGAGUUUCUCCACGACGAAUCGAUAGAUCGACAAAGCUACCUUCAUGAACAUCUAUCACAAUUCUCAGUGGCUCAAAAAAUGAGCUGGGCUGCGCAGCGCAUUACUACACGCCCAGAGGACGUGGCAUACUGUCUCCUUGGUAUCUUUGACAUCAACAUGCCCCUACUCUAUGGCGAAGGGCAGAAGAAAGCCUUCCGGAGGUUGCAAGAGGAAAUCAUUAAAUCCACAGACGAUGACUCCAUAUUUGCCUGGAUUUCAGAGACGAAUUUUGGAAUUAGCGGUCUCCUAGCAGGCGGUCCUGAAGCUUUCGGACACUUUGAUGACUACUUGCCAGUACUCUCGAAAUACACGUCUGGUGUGAAUAGACGCGAAGCUAUUCUUUCAAAUCGAGGGCUUCAUGUGAACUUUCCCAUCACAAACUUUCCAGGGGAUAAAUCGGGGACCAUCUUUUUAGCAUUGCUCAACUUCGAAAUGAAGCGGCCUCAGUCAACUACGGCUCUGAUACCGGCCAUUUUACUCCAACGAGCCAUCUGCCCGGUUCAUUUCGGCGGUAACAACGACUUCGAAGAUUUUGUCCGAAUUCGUCCUGACUAUCUUCUUCAAUGUCUUAUGAGCCGUGUUAUUUUCCCCAUUGAAGUAGCAAAACUGCUGGAGUCUACGUGCAGCAGCGUGGGGUUCCAGGAAGAUGCUGUCCUCCGAGAACCGCGGCUGAAACAGAUAUAUGUUCCUUUCUCUCAUACGACGUCUAAGCUACCAGGUGGUAUCUUGUUCUCGCCAGAGCCAUCUACGGGGUCAAGCGCAGCGGUGAAUGUCGAGGUACUUUCUCGUUCCCCAUGGUGGCAAUUAUUUGACGACAUUGGUGGAAAAGAUAACUAUAUUAUUAGCUUUGAUCUUACCAAAGUUCCUCGCAAAGAAGACAUUAUAAAGCCGCAUGUUCUUGGUGUUAUGGAGUUACUCAUACACCAUCAGAACGGCAGCAAAAAGCAACAGCAUGUAGCAGUUGUUGUAGGAGUCAAAAACUUACCGCCAAAUCCUCUUAAUGCCAAGGGCCUCUACCUAGUACCUUGGGCUACGUUUGAAACCGUUGACAGGGUCAGCGAAGGGGAUUUCAGUCGUGCCCAGCGAGUGGCGGAUGGUGACGAUGACGAGCGCCUGUUUCCGGGUCUUGGCGCGUAUUUCACCUUGUCCAGUAGGCACAGUAGGUCAAUAUAUGUCCUCAAUAUAACGAGCAGUAUACGGUGA